UUCAGUUCUACUUCCGCGAUUCACCGCAUUUGAAUAUCACUGCGGCAUGUAAUGCCAUCGCCUGAAUAUUAUUCGGGCUUGAAAAAAUCCACGUAUGUCCAUCCUAUUUAGUCUGGAGCUCUUAAAUUCUUUCCCCGCACUUCUUCUCGACUCCUGUUCAUCCCCUCUUCGUGACUUACCAUGGCUCCCGAUUUCUCUGAAGCUGACAUACCGUUUCUUGUGGAGAGGAAUACCAAAUACCCUGAACAAGUGUGGUAUAUUCUCACCGUGUUUCUCCUCGUAGUUGGUUUCUUCCAGUGGGGGUCAUUCCUUCACUCCAAGUUCGCCAGGCGAGAACACCAUGAGUCUGAUGACGAAAUGGCUACUACCAAUGGCCUUCACCGCAACUUUUCUCUCCGUCGUAUCCCGCUCGCGUUCAUUAAUUUCUAUCGCGUCGUUGCCUUUCGGUGGACCUUCGAAAUAGGCAAAACCUAUACCCUCAACAUGGCAGAGGUUUUUGUGACUUUGUCAUAUAUUGCUCUUCUCUUGGCGUACAGCUUCAUUAAUACCACCUCCGUCGGGGGUCAGAAGCUUGACAUUGUCUACUGGAGCAACCGCGUGGGCGUGCUCGCCGCCAGUCAGUUUACCCUCGUCACAGCACUUGGUACCAAGAACAACCUCGUGUCUUUGGUCACAGGCAUCAGUUACGAUAGGCUCAACUAUAUCCAUCGAAUGAUGGCUAGGACAUGCUUUAUGCUACUUGUGAUACAUGUAGCGGGCCAAAUUGCAGCCUUUCCCUUCUUUCAGUCGGCUUUGAACGAGGCAUGGCUCCGCUUAGGGAUGACUGCCAUGACUGCGUUCUCUAUCCUGAUCAUAGUGUCACUGCGUCCCAUUCGCACUGGAGCCUAUGAGGUCUUCUUCUACACUCACUUCUUUGGUGUCCUGAUAUUCCUGCUGGGAGGAUAUUACCAUACCUCGUCUGUUAACAAGUCGUUCUGGAUAUGGCCCUCGUUUGUAUUGUGGGGGCUCGAUCGCUUCAUCCGGGUGGUUCGGCUAGUUGUGUUCAAUCACUCUUACUUUGGCUUCAAAUCAGGAUCUGGGACGAUGGAUGCGGUGACAGAAUUGCUUUCCGAAACUGUCGUUCGAUUGCGCCUACAUCGCCCCCCUCAUUUCCACUGGGCCCCAGGGCAAACAGCGUAUCUAAUCAUGCCCUCAGUUUCAACGUUGCCAUUCGAAGCGCACCCUUUUACCAUUGCGAGUUUUGAUUCUAGUCUGCUGUCGACCGCGACGGCGGAGGAUCAAUCAACAAGUCAGGUUCUGGGAUCAAGCGCUCCAUUCUGGAAGGAGCUGGUGUUUUUGAUCAAUGUGCGCGAAGGGUUCACGAAAAAUCUAAAGGAGGUGGCUGCUAGGAAUGGCACAGUCAAGGUGUUCGUAGACGGUCCUUACGGCCCGGCACCUGACCUCGGUUCUUACGACACAACCGUAUUAGUCGCAGGAGGAUCGGGUGUCUCGCACACCCUCCCGGUCUUGUUAAACAUUAUCGAACGCGUACGCCAGGGUAAAAGCUCGUGCAGGCGGGUGGUGUUCAUUUGGUCGAUACGUGGGGCUUCACAUGUUCAGUGGAUUGAAGAAGCACUUGUCAAGGCCGUUCAGCUUGCAUCACCUUCUUUGACAGUAUCUAUUCGCAUCUUCAUCACUGGUUCUCCAUCAACGACACAAUCCGACUUGUCCGGGGAAGAUGUUUCCACCCUCUCAAGUUCAACCGAGAAGAAGGGCACUUCCGAACCCAUUGUAACCAAGAUAGAAUCCUUUUCAUCGCCGUUACUGUUGUUGCGCGGCGUCAAGAUGGAAUUCGGAAGACCAGAUCUGGAUGCACUUCUCAAAGAAGAGGUCAAUAUGGCCUCGGGGAGGAUGUCGGUGAGCGUUUGCGGAUCGCAGGGUAUCGCACGCACGGUCCGUAAUGCACUUCGCUUCCCUGUCUCUGGGCCUUCCAGUAUUCUCAGUGGAGGACCGAGCGUGACCCUACAUGUUGAAUCGUUCGGAUACGCGUAAAUCUGAUAUUCUCCUCUUAAUUAUUCUUAAUUCGAGUUAUGGGUUUUCUUUUCAACCAGUGUAUCCCCCGACUUCACAAA